AUGCACGAGACCAUCCUUAAGUGCCCGACACCUGGAUGCAACGGUAGAGGACACGUUAGUUCGAAUAGAAAUACACAUAGAAGCUUAUCGGGUUGUCCCACAGCCGCAGCUAAUAAACAAGCUGCAAGGGAACAAAAGUAUCAAUCGAAUAUGCAGAGAGUUAAAACUCCUACGGGCUCACCUCAAUUUAGCGGUGGUUGUCAAACUGAGUUUUCUCCCAGCUACGAAGGAAAAAGGACACCGACGUCAGAGGACGUUAAACCUAACUACUUAGUAAACUACGGAAAUCCACCCCCGCCCACUUCUUCAUCGGAAGAGAUAAAAUCAAACUACGACCAAUACUACACAAAAACUACACCAGUAAAACCCGAUCCUAUGAAAAUUCCCAAAACUGAAGUUACGACUACCAGUUGUUGUAGUGUCAGUGCUCAAGGGGAAUUAUUAGUACCAAAAACAGAAAUGCCCAGUUCUUGCAGGUCGCCUCCUUCAGGAAUAAGGUCAGCAUACGAACCGUACAUGAAUCAAGACUCAAAUUCAUCAUCUAUGUCCAGUAUGGACGCCAUGAACUCAAGGAAUCAGCAUCAACUACAUCAUAAUACAUCUCAUAUGGGACCUCAUCAUAAUCCACAACAACCAGGGUACAGUAUGGAACACCAAAUGCCUCAUAGAUCUCCAUACCACCAGUCACCUAUGUCAGAGGAAAUGUAUACCAGGGAACGAUCGUACGCAGACAUGAACGAACCCAUAGGUCCAAAUAGUAUUGCGAGACCGGUAGUCACAUAUUCUAAUGAAAUAGCUAGGCCUUACGAAUCCGGUUUAAUAAAUUCUGCAGGACACCGACCAUAUGAUCCUGGUACCAACAGUUUUGAAAGAUACGAUUCCAGCCAAUGUGUGUCCCUUCAACAACCCUUGGGUCCUUCAAGGGUUCCACCGCAGGGUAUGUACGGGUAUAUCGACGAUCAACAGGAACAGAGGUACCAACAAGAGGCUGCAGCUGCGCAACAGCAUCAAAUUGCAGUUGCUAAUGCCCAAAGUAUGAUGAAGACAGAAGAACCUGAAUCAACUGGACCAUUAUAUCCAAGACCAAUGUAUCAGUAUGAUGCCUCCAGCGGAGCUCCCCUUCCAGUUGGCUUUUCAGCAAUUAACUUAUCUGUGAAAUGUGUGACAACGGCUCACGCUGCUCAAAUGAAGGGUCCGCACACGUCCCCAGGGGGCACUGUUAUCGAUUUGUCGACGUCCAGUGUCACCACUACUAGUCCACAGGUAGCGUACAGCUCACCGCAUUAUGGAGGAGCAGGCCAAAGGGUCGGAGGCAGCCCCCAAGCGGCUGCAAGUCCGCACCUUUCGGCAAGUCCGCAAGUUCCGAGUCCUCAGGGACAGACGCUGGACCUCAGCAUUAGUAGGUUGUCCCACAGUGGAGUACGACCUGUAGCGUCAUUUGCAUCAACGCCUGGAGGAGGACCAGUACUAGCUCCUGGCGCAGGAUAUAGCAGAGAAUCAACUCCUGACAGUGGCGGAAGUCAUUAUAUGGAUGCUUACCGGGAUCCUGCAGGUUAUGGUCCUAUGAGUCCCCAUCCUGGUUAUGGUAUGACGACAGUAGCCAGUGAUUAUGCCUCAAACCCCUACUCACCCUAUCCACCAAGUGGAUACUCAUGUGCCGGUGGAUAUCCUGGACCUGUUACAACAGGUUACCCAGUUCCACCAGGCGGUUAUUCACCAAGUACUUGUUAUUCCAUGCCACCGCCCCAACACUCAUUAUCGCAACAUGAUAAGUCACCCAACAAAGACAGUCUGUCAGGAUGUCCACGAGCAGAUCGUUCACAAAUUCAACCCCAUUCCCAAGAACUGAAAUGCCCAACGCCGGGAUGUGACGGUUCAGGUCACGUUACUGGUAAUUAUAGUUCCCACAGAAGUUUAUCUGGAUGUCCUAGAGCUAACAAACCAAAGAGCAAGCCUAGAGAUGGCCAGGACUCGGAACCGCUGAGCGCGUCGGGAUGCCCUAUAGCAAACAGAAACAAAAUGAGAGUUUUGGAAAGCGGUGGAUCCGUUGAGCAACAUAAAGCUGCCGUAGCUGCUGCAACGGCAAUGAAAUUUGAAGGUGUUAACUGCCCAACGCCGGGGUGUGACGGAACUGGACAUAUAAACGGUUCUUUUUUAACGCACCGGUCCCUCAGUGGAUGUCCUGUAGCGGGUCAAACAGUGAAGAAGUCCAAAUACCCGGAGGAUAUGCCUUUUUAUACUAAGGGAUAUACAGGUAUAGAACAGGGACCUAAUGGUGGAGAAGACCUUAUGACCUUGGAGGCAGAGAUCUCCGAAUUACAAAGAGAGAAUGCCAGGGUCGAGUCUCAGAUGAUCAAACUGAAAUCGGAUAUAAACGCAAUGGAAAAUCACUUGGGCCAAAACGAAAAAGAAACCCAGGCGCUAUCGCAACGUUCCAACAACCUCAACGAGUACUACGAGAGUCUGCGUAACAAUGUCAUUACACUUCUGGAGCAUGUUCGACUGCCCGGUGCCAGUUCUGGAGGUCCAGGUGGUCCAACUGCUGAAAAAAUCGGCCAAGAAAACUUCGAUUCCUAUUUAAGCAAGCUGCAGACAUUGUGUACGCCUGACGGAUACUGUAGUGACGAGAACAGACCUUUGUAUGAGACUGUGAAAAGCGCUUUGCAAGAUUUUACUGUACUGCCAACUCCGAUUUAA